UGUAGUAUUUUGUGUUAUCUGGCCAUCAUACGUAGGAUAUAUCAUUUGUACCACACGAGCAAAAAAAGUAGUCGCUUAUUAUCGUUGGGCAUAACCGACAGAUUCUGUCGGAGGACUGAUGCUUAAGCUAAACAGGUACUCAGUGUCUUGCUAAUGUAAACAAUAACACGCAAGAAGGUAUUAGCUGCGUACUACGGGUUCAGCUAAAAUUUGAUCCAGUGUUAUAAGGUCAUUAUCAAGAUGCAUGUGUUGCUUCUCAAAGAGCCACGAGAUGGAGAGUCUGGACCUGAUCCUUACAUCAAGGAGCUGGCGUCACAUGGUCAUAAAGCGACCCUAAUUCCUGUGCUGUCUUUUAAGUUUGUCUCAUUAAACACCUUGUCAGAUAAGCUUUUCCAACCAGAAAAACAUGGAGGUCUUAUAUUUACCAGUCCAAGAGCAGUAGAGGCUGUUAAGAUGUGCUUAGAAGCAGAAGAAAGAAGGGAAGAGUGGAACAGCUCUGUGAAAGACAAAUGGAACGCCAAGUCCAUCUAUGUGGUUGGAAAGGCAACUGCUGCCUUAGUACGAAAUCUGGGUUUGAACCCUUUGGGUGAAGACACGGGGACAGCAGAAGUGUUAUCACGUGUCAUCAUUGAACGAGAGGACACAAAUAUUCCACCACUUUUUUUCCCCUGUGGCUCAAUCAAGAGAGAAGUCUUGCCUGCGGCUUUAAGGGAAAAUGGAGUGCCCCUAGAGACACUGACUGUCUAUCAAACAGCUGAACAUCCAGAUCUGGAGAAAAAUCUAAAGAACUAUUUCACAGAGCAGGGCACUCCAGCCAGCAUAGCUUUUUUCAGUCCAUCAGGAGUUAAGUUUUGCCUAGAAGUGGUACAGAGACUGUCAGGUGAUCGUCUGACUCAAAUAAAGUUUGCAGCUAUAGGACCUACUACACAAGAUGCAAUGACAGCAGAAGGCCUGUGUGUCAGCUGUGCUGCAGAAAAGCCAACAGCUGAACACCUGGCAGCAGCAAUAGCCAAAGUUCUACAGUAACUAUUCACCACUCUAAAUCCAUCCACUUUAUCGUCUCUUUGUAUGUUCUGGGUUACUAUAUUAAAUGUAUUUUCAUUUGUGCGUUUCACCUUACCUGCUCAUUUUACCAACUAUGCUUGAAUUCUUAAGCUAUUUUGCACUGAGAAUGUAGUGUUGUGUGCCAUAGAAGCCAUGAAAAUGUAAGUGAAUAUAAUUUUAAUUCUAUUUAUGUCAAGCUUGCUGAAGAAAUUCAGUGUAUAUUUUUGAAAAUAAACUUUGGGCUGUGUGAU